CAGUUUUGUUAGAAGAUCGUUUAACAAAAACCAACAAAACAACCAUUUGAAUAGAGCUCUUAAUCGCUUGUACCACUAUGAGACAAUGAGUCUCGAUUACAUCCAACUCAAUGCUUCUUUGAUACCAAUAGCAUCCUCAGGUUGAGCUUUGAAAUGUUAAACUAGGUGUCGUUUCCCUUGCAAAGGACAUUUCAUUUGUUAGUUAUAAAUUAAAAUCAGCUGAGUUAGUUCCCGGUAAAAAUUGAAUAAAAGAAAAGGAAGUAUUUAUCUUCAUAACAGAAUUUCAAAAAGCCAAAGCCAAGAGGAAAAAGGAAAUAUUUGCCAUGGCCGCCUAUGGAAUCUCAUCCAUAUUCCCAACCAUUUCCUCAUCUCUAAGCUUCUUUAACCCACGCACCACAAUCUCCAUGGCUGCCAACAGAGCCACGCAAAUCCAGCCAAGAAGAAGGUCCAUGUCAGCUUUGGAAGCUCGAGUGUCUCUCGUACUGGCUCUCGCUUCUCAAACCUCUGCCACUUCUCAGCGACUUUUGGCGGAGUUGGCUACUGAAACAGCAAAAUACGUGUUCCCGAAAAGAUUCGAGUCGCGCACUCUUGAGGAAGCUCUGAUGACAGUUCCGGAUAUUGAGACAUUGAAUUUUAGGGUUUUGAGUAGAACAGACCAGUAUGAGAUAAGGGAAGUUGAGCCUUAUUUUGUAGCAGAGACGACGAUGCCUGGAAAAACUGGUUUUGAUCUCAAUGGAGCAUCUCAAUCCUUCAAUGUCUUAGCCGAGUACCUGUUUGGUAAGAAUACAAAAAGGGAGCAGAUGGAGAUGACCACACCAGUUAUUACAAGUAAAGCUCAGCCUAAUGGGGAGAAAAUGGAAAUGACAACUCCUGUUAUAACAAAGAGGGGGGGAGAUGAAGAUAAGUGGCAAAUGUCUUUUGUCUUGCCUUCAAAGUAUGGUGCAGACGUGCCAUUGCCAAACAACCCAUCUGUGAAGAUCAAGGAGGUUCCGAGGAAAAUCGUUGCAGUUGUUGCUUUUUCAGGUUUUGUUACUGAUGAAGAAGUUAAACGACGUGAAUCCAAAUUACGUGAAGCUCUAAAGAAUGACAGACAAUUUCAAGUGAAGGAGGACGCUUCAGUAGAAGUUUCUCAGUAUAAUCCGCCAUUUACACUCCCCUUUCAACGCCGUAAUGAGAUUGCGAUCGAACUUGAAAACAGAGAGUAGCUGCUGCUAUUUAUCAACUUUAAAGUUUUGGUGUUGAUAAUUACUGUAAAUAAUAGCUUUGGCAUCUUCCAAAAUCAGGUAUUACUCUGUAUAGUGGUGAUAUUGUAAAGUUAUUAAAAGUUGUGUCUCACUUCACAACUAAAAUAUUUCUUAUAUGCAUAAAUGAACAUUAAGUACUAGCAUUUUAUGCUA